UAUUCAACCAAGCUUGAGUAUUUGAUGAAUCAGUUGUGUUGACUACUGCAGGUGCCAGGAGAUGGAUCGGAGGUUGUUCCAAGCUGCUCAUAGAGGGAAUACAGCCACCUUGCAUCAGCUACUGGAAGAGGAUCCUCUUAUCCUUGAAAGAGUUGCCUUGGCUCCGGUUGCAGAAACACCUUUGCAUGUAGCUGCUCUGGCUGGGAAGACCGAGUUUGUGAGCGAGAUUCUUCGUCUAAGGCCUGAAUUUUCGAAGGAGCUGAACCAAGAUGGUUUCAGUCCUCUUCACAUGGCGUCGGCUAAUGGGCACGUAGAGGUAGUGAAGGAGAUGCUGAAGUUUGGUAGUGAUCUAUGUCUUGUUAAGGAUAGGGACGGGAGAACUCCUCUUCACUGUGCGGCCAUCAAAGGUAGAGUUGAUGUUAUGAUCGUAUUGCUCUUGGCUUGCGCAGAGUCUGCUCGGGAGGUAACGGCUCGAGGAGAGACUGUGCUUCACCUUGCUGUGAAAAACCAUCAGCUCGAAGCCUUCAGGGUACUGGUGGAGAGUUUCAGCCAUGAGUGGCUCCUAAAAGCUAAAGAUCGAGAAGGCAAUACGGUUUUUCAUCUAGCUUCAUUUAGAAGGCAGAAUCAGGUUAUAGAAUUACUUCUCAGCAAAAGUAUUGUUUCCAAAGUUGAAAUAAAUGCCAAGAACGCCACGGGUUUGACAGCACUUGACAUCUUAGAUGUCUUGCAGCAGAGUCGAUGCGAAUUGGGUGAUAUAGAAAUGGUAGAGAUCCUUGUGCGUGCAGGAGCCAUGAGAUCUCGAGAUAUCAUCAUUUCUCCAACCCCUCCUCCUCCUCCUCCUCACCCCUCUCAUAUUCAAAUAUAUCAUAAGAAGAGCCUCUGGAAAGAAUUCAGCGACGAGAUAUUUAAGGAACUAGAAGACUCUGCAAGUGAGACACGGAAUUCUCUAAUGGUGGUCGCGGUACUGAUUGCUACUGUAACCUUUGAAGCAGGAAUAAGCCCUCCUGGUGGAAGUUGGCAAGAUGGUCUCCAAGAGAAUCGCAGUAGUACUGAUCACAGUGAACAGAUGGCACACCACGCAGGAGAGGCACUAAUGGCUUCACAGAUGACAUGCUUUGUCUCAUUCAUAAUUUCCAAUACUGUGGGAUUUCUUAUGUCUCUCGUCAUAAUCUCCUUGCUCACAAGCAAAUUUCCUCUGAAACCCUGGCUGCGGCUAGCCGUGGUAUCAAUGGCCAUCACCUAUGGAUGCUCUGUAUGCUUUGUAACACCAUUUUACUUGUGGGGUUGGGGUGUUGUAUUUCAUAGUAAGUUGUUUGUGAUGACUGUUGUAUUCUUUGGAGCAAUCGCGAGCUGGAAGUUAUGGUGGCUCAAGAAAUGGGCAAUGAUAAUGCAUACAAGAAGCARCAACAAUAGUUCGGAGCAGGGGCAUCGGACUACCUUCGGCCAGCAUCUUAGUCGGUUUAUACUGUGUUGUACCUCUCAUGAAAGUCGAGUUUAAACUCUCUUUCUCUCUAAUAAUGUUCAG